UUAAGAUUUAUGUAAUCUGAUCCAUAAAUAAUAUUUUCUUCUUAGAGAUCAUAUCACCAUAUUCCACAUUAUCAUGCCUGCUUCCAUAGCACCAUUUAUCUGCAAAUGUUCCGAUGCUCAUUCUAAACCACUACGCUUUUUCACUCAAAAGGAGCUCCAGCUUCAUGUCUACAAUGAUCACGAUUUGGCCAAUUUAAGAGCGUUUUAUCGAGGGCGCAAAUUUUAUCAAUGCCCAUGGGAGAAUUGUAAAAAUCGAUGUAAUGAUAUUCCUCAAUUAAAAGAACAUUUGCGUAAACACACUAAACAGAUGCCAUUUAAGUGCCCAAUUUGCGAUAGUUCACGUCGAUUUAGAUCCUUUGAUAAACUAGAACGACACCUAAUUUUUAUCCAUCGGGAGAGAGUUUUAGACUUUACGGACACAGAUGAUAUGACGGGACAGGAAGAAGGUAUUCUUUCCAAGAUGAUUACUGCUUUCUACCUCAUAAAAAACUGUGAAACGAAAAUUUUAAUUAUAUCAUGAAUUAUCUAAUGUGUGUUUUAUCUUUAAAAAAAUAAAGGUGAUACUUCUGAGGAUGAAAAUGAAGAUUAUCUUAUAUGUAAAGCACUUUUUAAACGUUGCGAUCGGGAAUAUGCUGAAAGAC